UUUGCAAAUAUGCGAUACAUUUGCUACGAUGUUAUUGCACAUCGCUAGCACGCACUAACUAAAAAACCAAAAGAAAAAAAUAAAACACUAAAAAAAUUAUUAAAAAAAAAAAGAGAAAUAAAGUGAAAAGCAUAAAAAAAAGCGAAAGCACAAACGACAGCAGAAGCAGCAGCAGCAGCGGGCAGCAAGCAGCGAGCAGCGCAAAGCUCACACAACACCACCUACGCUGUUUUGGGCCAGUUGAAUGCGCUUCUCGUUCUGCCAAAGACGCGACAACAUUAACAGUAAUAGGAGAAGAAGCAGAGCGAACGCCCACGAAACAAACGUACGUGUGUGCUUGUGUGUGUGUGUCUGUGCCUGUCUGUUGCUGCGUGUGUGUGAGUGUAGUACGUGUGUGCAGCCAACAGGGCAGCGAUAGCAACAGUCAUGCCACUGGCUGACUCCAAUAAGGAUCUACGACAGCAGCAACAACAACUCCAAUUGGACGCCAACAAUAGUAGCAGCAGCAGUAGCAACAACAACAAUGCAGCCGCAGAGCAAGCGCAGCUGGACAAUGCAACAACAACAGGAGCAGCAGCAGCACCAACAGCGACAACAUCCUCAGCAGCAGCAGCAGCAGGAGCAACAACAACAGCAGCUCACACAAUGGGACUGCAGCUGCGUCAACGCAUGCAGAUUACUUCGUCCGGAUGCAGCAGCUUGGCGGUGACACCCAUGGAGCACACGCCCACCGAUGAGGAAAGCGGUGCUGUGACCACAGUGACGUCAUCUCAACGCCGCCAACAGCAGCAGCAACAACAACAGCAGCAACAACAACUGCAAACCGCCCUCGAACAACAUCACAUAACACCGAGCAGCAGCAAAACGCCCGAGCAAAUGGAGUUAAGCGAUUCGGAAUCGUAUGGCGCCGCCAGUUACGAUGAAUUCGAAUUGCGUGAGGUGGUCAAGGAGGGUCACGACAAGGCGGAUCCAUCACAAUUCGAACUGUUGCGUGUGCUGGGCGAAGGCAGCUUUGGCAAAGUGUUUCUGGUGCGCAAAAUUCUCGGCAAAGAUGCGGGCACACUGUACGCGAUGAAGGUGCUAAAGAAGGCCACCCUCAAGGUGAAGGAUCGUGUGCGUAGCACCAACGAACGCAAGAUAUUGGCGGAUGUGGGACACGCGUUCAUUGUGCGCUUGCAUUAUGCAUUCCAAACCCCAGGCAAAUUGUAUUUGAUAUUGGAUUUCUUACGUGGCGGCGAUCUCUUUACCCGCCUCUCCAAGGAGGUCAUGUUCACCGAGGAGGAUGUGAAAUUCUAUUUGGCCGAAUUGGCAUUGGCACUGAAUCAUUUGCAUACGCUUGGCAUUAUCUAUCGCGAUCUGAAGCCCGAGAACAUCCUUUUGGACGAGCAUGGACACAUUGCGUUAACCGAUUUUGGCUUGAGCAAACAACCGCUGGAUGGCUCAAAGACAUACAGUUUUUGUGGCACUGUCGAGUACAUGGCACCGGAGAUCGUUAAUCGCAAGGGACACGAUUUCGCCGCCGAUUGGUGGUCAUUUGGUGUGCUCAUGUACGAGAUGUUGACGGGGAAUUUGCCGUUUCAUGGCCAAACCCGACAGGAGACAAUGAAUCAAAUACUGCGCUCCAAGCUAGGGAUGCCCGAGAAUCUGUCGCCCGAGGCGCAAUCGCUGUUGCGGGCGCUCUUCAAACGCAACCCGCUGAAUCGUUUGGGCGCCGGUGCACAGGGCAUCCUGGACAUUAAGGCGCAUUGUUUCUUUGCGACCAUCGAUUGGGUGCGCUUGGAGCGCAAAUUGGUGCGUCCACCGUUCAUACCGGCCGUGAGCCGAGACGAUGCCUUCUACUUCGAUGUGGAGUACACAUCAAAGUCACCCCGUGAUUCACCCGGUGGUCCCAUCUCUGCCUCGGCACACGAAAUCUUUCGUGGCUUUAGCUUUGUGGCGCCCGUGCUGUUGGAGAAUGCGAGUGCCAGCGCUACGAAUAGCAGCAGCUCGAAUAAUGUCAGUCCAUUGCAUGCGAUUGCAGUGCCCAGCUGCUCCUCAUCCUCAUCGCAAUCGGCCGCCGCCGCUGCUGUGGCAGUGGCAUCGUCUGCUACGGCUGCUGGUGCUGGAGGUGCUGCUGCUGCUGGAGGUGCUGUGGUGCCUGGGCCACGCAGUUUACCGGGCGUGUUGCCGGGCAAUUUCCUGGCCGAAUACAAUGUGCUGCAGGAGCUGGGACGCGGCACAUUCUCCGUGUGUCGCCUCUGCGAGCAUCGCUCCACCAAGAAACACUAUGCGGUGAAGAUCAUCGAGAAGGCCGCGGUGGCUGCAGCAUCUUCGGCCAGCGCUGAUUGCUGGGAGGAGGUGGAAAUAAUGCUGCGCUAUGGCAAUCAUCCCAAUAUUGUCACAUUGUAUUCUGUGUACGAGGACACAAGCUCAGCGUAUCUGGUGAUGGAGCUGCUCAAGGGCGGCGAGCUGCUCGAUCGCAUCCUGGCCGUCGGACAAAUGUGCGAGAGCGAGGCGAGCGCUGUGCUCCGGACGAUCGCCGCGGCCGUUGCCUAUCUCCAUGAGCACGGCGUUGUGCAUCGCGAUCUGAAGCCGUCGAACAUGAUCUAUGCGAGCAUGCGACAAACGCCCGAGACGCUCAAACUCUGCGAUCUAGGCUUCGCGAAGCAACUGCGCGCCGACAACGGACUCCUGAUGACGCCCUGCUACACGGCGAACUUUGUGGCGCCGGAAGUGCUGAAGCGACAGGGCUACGAUCUGGCCUGCGACAUUUGGUCGCUGGGUGUGCUGUUGUACAUCAUGUUGUCGGGUCGAACGCCAUUUGCCAGCACACCGAACGAUUCGCCGGACGUGAUACUGAAACGCAUUGGAUCCGGCCACAUUGAUUUCACGAGCAGCCGCUGGUCGUUGAUCAGUGCGCCGGUGAAGGAGCUGUUGCGUCAAAUGCUGCACAUUGUGCCCGAGAAUCGUCCGACUUGCGCUCAAAUACUGGAGCACAGUUGGGUGCGCGAUCAGUUUGCCGGCAAUGUGCAGUUAACGGAGUAUGCGAUACAUCCAAGCGGAGUUGGUGGCGGUGGCAAUAGCCAAGGUGGCCAGGCGAUGUCGAUUGGCGCCCAGCAGCAGCAACAGAAUCACAUCUCGAUGGCGUUGCGCGGCGCUGUGGAUGCGACAUUUCGUGCCAUCGCAAUACCGCAGGCUGCCAACGUGGGACCCGUGGAGUUGUCGAUGCUGGCCAAGCGUCGGGCCAAAGAUCGCGCCAAUCUGCAUUCCUAAUUGUGGGCAGUGUUAUGCCCGCGACGUCAGGUCAAAAGGCAGCUAAUUCAAUUAGUUUAUAAACUCUAUAGUAUUCUAAUGCAUUGCUGUGCAUUUCCGCAACGCCUUUGGGAGUGGCAUGCCGCCAUCAAUCCACGCCAACGCCAACAUCAACAUCCACAUCAUCACCAACAGCAGCAGCAACAGCAGCAGCAGCUUAAAUACCACAACAACAAUUGUCGCUCAAAGCGUCAACGAUGUCGCAGCGCCAAGUUGCGUUUGGUUUAAAAAAAAAAACAA